AUGACAGAGAUUGUGAUCGCUAUUGGGGCAAAGGUUGCUGAAUAUCUUGUUGCUCCAAUUUCACGCCAUGUUCGUUAUUUGCUGUGCUUCAACCAAUUCAUUGGGGAUGUCGAGAACUCAAAAAAAGAGCUGGAGGUGAAACUAGGAGACAUUAAACAGCGUAAGGAAGAAGCUGAUCGAAAAUUUGAAGCAAUAAUACCAUCCGUGAAGGAGUGGUUGCGUGACGUUCAAGCUAUCCUUGAGGAUGUGCAAGAGCUGCAACAUGAGGUUGAAGAAGGAGCAGCAAAGAAAUGUUUUAACGUGCGACGCAGGUAUCCUUUAGCCAAAAAAAUGGAUGAUAAGGCUAACCGGAUGAAAGAGCUGAAACAAGAUUCCAAUAACUUGGAGCCAUUUUCCCUGCCGAUCCAACUUCCAGGCAUGCUUGACUCUUCCAAGGACUUUGUAGAAUUCAACUCAAGGAAAUCAGCAUACAAUGAUCUUUUAGAGGCCAUUGAAGUUGGGAAGAACAAGAUUGGACUGUUUGGCAGCGGUGGCUCUGGUAAAACCACCUUGGCAACCAAGGUGGGUGACACAGUUAAACAAUUGAAGCGUUUUGACAAGGAGAUAAAAGAAUUGGCAGGUUUGGAAAUCAAGGAGGAAACCCAAUCUGCCGUUGCACAGAGGCUAUUAAUGGGAUUGAAAAGUAUGAAAAUUCUUAUAAUUUUAGAUGAUGUGUGGAUCAAACUAAACCUUGAAGAAAUUGGCAUUCCACUGAAUGAAGGUUGUCGUGUCUUGUUAACUACUCGCCGUCGAGAUGUAUGUGACUCCAUGGAUUGUGAGAGUAUAAUUGAACUGUCUAUCUUAAAAGAGGAAGAGGCAUGGGAUUUGUUCAAGAGGCAUGCGAAUAUAGCUAAUGUCUCGACGAAUGAUGAGUUUGAUGGCAUUGGAAAGAAGAUUGCUGAAGAGUGCAAGGGUCUGCCUAUAGCAAUUGUGACUUUAGGAAGCAUGUUAAAAGGAAAGAGUCUUCAAGUGUGGGAGUCAACUCUACGAAGGCUACGAAAUCCCACAUCGUCGGAUAUUGAAAAGGAUUUGGAGAAGGGGCUUUACGCAGUGCUUGAAAUAAGUUAUGACAAUUUGCCAACUAAACUAGCCAAGUCCCUCUUCUUAUUGUGCUCUAUGUUUCCUGAGGAUCAUGACAUCCAUGUAGAGGAUUUAAUUCGUUUUGGGAAGGGGACUCUUGAGCUGGAUGACGGUGUUUAUACAAUGGAGGAUACACGGAAAGAGAUUUUAGUUGCUAUUGAGAGGUUGUUAGAUUAUUGUUUGUUAAUGCCUGCCAAUAAGAAAGCUUGUGUAAAAUUGCACGAUGUGGUUCCGAGAUGUAGCCUUGUGGAUUGCAAAGAAAACUUCUCAAGCAGUUUUGGUCGAUAA